AUGUCGCGCAAAUCAAGCAGCAGUGAAGAAGAUCCAGGAGCUCGCCCGUCAGCGUCUCGAUUCUCAAAGAUAAAGGAACUAAGCCUCUUCCCAUCAUCACGUUUGCCUACAAUGGACGCGUCACCAAGUUUGAGAUACUUCUCGCAGCCUGCCUUCAACAGAGAUACGAGCUCAACAAGUCGUGAUGGCUCACAAGUCCUUUGCGAAUGUUCACACAAUACCCACGAUAAGAAGGUGCUUGUGGUAGACAAGGUCCUGUUAACACACUUGCUCAAAAUCUUAGCUCCAAGCAAAUCAUACACCUUGGAUGAUUUGGGCACGCUUUUCCCAAAUCUUGAUUGUGUCGAUUUCUCGAGAAGAAAAUUUGAUGAGCUUAAUCGUCUCGGCAUCCGCCAGAAGAUUCCGGACCGAUUGAGGCCAGUCUUCAAAUACAAACGCGGGAGCAUUCAAUAUCCAAAUUUACCACUUCUCGUAUGUAACGCUGAUAUGGUUUGGAUGGCGGAAAAGGGAGAG